AUGAUAGUAACACAAUUAAAAGAUGAAUUGAAACGACUAAAUUUGGCGAAAGACGGAAGAAAACAAGAUUUAAAAGAACGAUUGAAAGAACACAUUCGAGAAAUAGAGGAAGUUGAGACAACAGAGGAAGGCUCGUAUGAAGAAGAGGCAGAUAGCAUCAACGAAACAGAAGAGGAAAGUAGCGACAGUCAAAGUGACAAUGAAGAACAAAACAUACGUAGACGGAGGCGAAGAAGAAAUUAUCGCUCAGGUGACGACAAGCUAUCCAUCGAAAAGUUGAGCGAUUUCGAGGAUCUAAGUUCAUUACUUCAGUGGAACGAAUUGCAAAAGGUUAUUUACGGUAAGAGACUCUUAAAAGGAUCAGCUAAAAGAUUUGUUACUUAUGAACGUAGCAUUCAAUCAUGGAAUACACUUAAGCGAAGGCUAUCACGCGAGUUUAAGACAGAUUUAAAUAGUGCAUUAGUACAUAAGGAACUUACAAAACGUAAGAGACAAGCAAAUGAAAUGGGACGUCAAUAUGUGCAUACGAUGCAAGAAAUAAUAAGUCAAGGGCACGUUGAAACAGAAGCAUUAAUCCAACAUAUAAUAGAUGAUGUACAGAAUGAAGAGACCAAUAAGACAAUACUACACGGAAGUCAACAUAGUCAGAAUGACCGAUGUCAAAACGGUGCCAGUGACGUUAAUGGAAAUAAUAUUGAAGCAUUAUUAGAUACGGGCAGUGAUGUAAACCUCAUGCGUGAAGAUGUCAGCAACCGAAUUCGAAUCUCCAAAUUACAGAAGACUACAAGAGUGUUCACAGGCCUCGGCAACACACUAACGAAGCCAAUUGGCAAAUGCAGUGAAUGCCUAACUAUUGGCGCAGAUACAUUCAAGGACAUAUUCAUAGUCCCUACAACAUCGAUGACCUCAGAACUAAUCCUAGGAAGGACAUUGUUAGAAGAAGCUGAAGUUUUAAUAGAGAAGAAUAAAAUCACAAUAAGAAGAAUCUCCGGAGAAGGAACCGAUGAAACUGCUAUGAACACGAGUACUACAAAUGAUUCCCAUGUAAAUGAGCAAAUCAACAUAGAAGAAAUAAAAACAGAAAUAACAGCUGAAGAACAGAAGAAAAAUGGAGCAGACAAGGACACCGCAGAGAUCAACGACGACAUCCAUAAGAUGAUGCUGCUAAACCACAUCGAGCCAAACGAGAAUGAGAUUCCAGAGCCGUAUAAAUCUAAACUCAGUAAGUUGAUAGAAGAAUAUACUUCUAAGGAAAAAGUACAAACAUCAGUUCAAACGAAGAUUAUCUUAAGCGAUGACAAACCAGUAAAUCUCUGGCCUCGAAGAUUAGCACCGAAGGAAAAGCAAAUUCUCGACGAACAAUUAAAGGAAUGA